AUGGCGAACCCAACACAACGUACCCAGCAAGUGCCUCAGCAUGUCACCGCGCUGCUAUCCCACCUCACCUCCCGACCAGGCGUGCAGUCCACCCUGAUCCUCUCUCGCAAGGAUGGCUCCAUCAUUCAAAGCACAGGACAAUUAGCACAAACCGAAGAAAAUGGAACUUCUCGCACCGCACAAACUACCCCGACGGACUCGAAUUCCCUCCCACCAGCCUCCGACUCAACCCCUGCCUCGCCCGCUCUCUCACCACCCUACCAACCCUCUCAAGCCGAGACACUCGCUGCCCACAUCUUUGCAUUUGUCUCCAGUGCUUCGGCACUGGGAAUAUCUUUAUCGCGACCUACACCUUCCGUGCCACGAACAAACGGAAGCCACUGGGAAGAAAGCUACGAAAAUGGGAAUGAGGGCGCCACACGUGAAGAGCGGGACGACAGCCUUGAUCGGGAUGAGGAUGGUGAAGUGAAACUGCUUCGCAUGCGAACGAAGAAACAUGAGAUUGUCGUUGUCCCGGAUCGAAAGUACCUGCUUUGUGUGGUGCACGAUGCCUCCCCUGGAGGAGGGCCCGGGGCAGCGGGGUCACGCCGCUGA